GAGAGUUAAGUGCGGCGCUAUGGAUUUGUCUGCGACUCUUAUCUUGGUGGGGUUAAUCUUUGCUCUGCUGUGGCUGGUUAGGGUAAAAACCAGUGGGAAGUAUAAACUGCCUCCAGGACCCCCUGCGCUCCCUUUAAUAGGAAACCUGCCUCAGAUAGAUAAAAAAGCCCCUUUUAAAGACUUAGUCAAGUUCAGUAAAGCCUAUGGUCCUGUGGUGACCGUGUAUCUGGGCUGGCAGAGGACAGUUGUUCUGGUUGGAUAUGACGCAGUGAAAGAAGCUUUAGUGGAUCAGGCUGACGACUUCACAGGCAGAGGGCCACUUCCAUUUCUGAUGAAAGCUACCAAAGGCUAUGGUUUAGGGAUCAGUAAUGGCGACCGCUGGCGCCAGCUGAGACGCUUCACGCUGACAACCCUGAGAGACUUUGGGAUGGGACGCAAGGGGAUGGAGGAGUGGAUCCAAGAAGAGAGCAAACACUUGACAGCGCGCGUGCACGAAUCCAAAGGUAAGUCAUUUGACCCAACGUUCCUGUUGAGCCGCACCGUGUCCAAUGUGAUCUGCUGCCUGGUGUUUGGCGAACGUUUCGAUUACGAGGACAAACAAUUUCUGCGGCUUCUCAACAUCUUCUCUGAGACUUUAAAAUUCGGUAGCAGCCCAGUAGGUCAGAUGUACAACAUCUUUCCCUGGCUCAUGGAGCGUCUUCCUGGCCGACAACACACUGCUUUUGCCCAUAUUGUGGAGGUGAGAGAUUUUAUCAAGAAGAAGAUCCAGGAGCACAGAGAGACACUGGACCCCAGCUCUCCAAGAGACUACAUCGACUGCUUCCUCAUCCGAAUGAAACAGGAAGAGGACAUUCCCACAACUGAGUUCCACUAUGAAAACUUGGUCUCUACAGUGUUGAAUCUGUUCUUGGCAGGAACAGAAACCACCAGCUCCACCAUCAGAUACGCUCUCAGCGUGCUGAUCAGAUACCCCAGCAUACAGGAGAAAAUGCAGCAGGAGAUUGACACCGUCAUUGGACAAGAACGUUGUCCCAACAUGGAGGACAGGAAGUCCCUCCCCUUUACAGAUGCCGUCAUCCACGAGGUGCAGCGUUUUCUGGACAUCGCCCCCUUCAGCCUGCCUCACUACGCACUGCACGACGUCUCAUUCAGGGGCUACACAAUCCCCAAGGGCACUGUAAUUAUUCCCUUGUUGCACUCUGUGCUGAAAGAGGAAAAGCAAUGGGAGACUCCCUGGUCCUUCAAUCCAAAGCACUUCCUGGACCAAAAUGGCAACUUUAAGAAAAAUCCCGCAUUCCUUCCGUUCUCUGCAGGGAAGAGAGCCUGUGUUGGCGAGUCUCUGGCUCGUAUGGAGCUUUUUAUUUUCUUAGUGUCACUGCUGCAGCGUUUCACCUUUUCCUACACUGAAGGCCCCGACGGCAUCGACCUCACUGCACAGUACAGCGGCUUUGCCAGUGUGCCCCGUAGAUACGACAUCAUCGCCACACCACGCUGAAAACAGAGGCAUCACUGAGGCGGUCUGACAUCACUGAAACACUGUGAACGAACAAGGAUCUCUCUACAAUAUACAUGGCAUUAUUGUGAUGUUCUUAGACUCAUCGUACAGACGAUGUUUGCUGAUUCCUUAACUGACACAGAUCAUCUGAGUUCCCCUGGGCAGAAAAGUAAAUGUUUUUCCUGACAUUGUGUAAUAAUUUUCCAUAUUAAAGAUUUAUUAAAAGAGAAA